AGUCGCAGACCUGUGCUGGGGAAGUGAAGGCUCCGCCCCCCGCGGCGCGUCAGGAAACCGAAAGAUCUUCGCUAAAACAGACGCUAAACGAGGAAGAGGAGGAUGUCCAGCAGCUGCUGUUAGACCCGUGUGAGGAAACCCGCUGCUAUUCCUGCACUCUCUUCCUGAGCGAUACACGCAACGUUACCGCGCACUAACAGUUAGUGACCGCUAGCGCUAGCGCAGAAAUGGGGAAUCGCGUGACGCUAGCUCGCGAGGAUUUUGAGUGGGUUUAUACGGACCAGCCUCACGCCGACCGGAGGAAAGAGAUUUUGGCUAAAUACCCAGAGAUCAAGUCUCUGAUGGGACCCGACCCCAGGCUGAAAUGGAUCGUCUAUACGAUGGUUGCCGUCCAGUUUUUGGCCUUCUAUUUGGUGAAGGACCUGCCGUGGAAAUGGGUCAUGUUCUGGACAUAUGUGUUCGGGAGUUGCAUAAACCAUUCAAUGACACUAGCGAUUCACGAGAUCUCUCACAACACGGCUUUCGGCAACAACCGCGCCAAAUGGAACCGCUGGUUCGCCAUCUUUGCCAAUCUGCCCAUCGGGCUGCCUUACUCUGCGUCCUUUAAGCGCUACCACCUGGACCACCAUCGCUACUUGGGUGGAGAUGGCGUGGAUGUCGACAUCCCCACUGAUUUCGAGGGCUGGUUCUUUUGCACCCGUUUGCGCAAGCUCUUAGGAAUGGGUCUCCAUCCCAUCUCGGGACACUUCAUCGCAGAACAUUACAUGUUCCUCAAAGGCCAUGAGACCUACUCUUACUAUGGAUCCCUCAACCUGCUGACUUUCAACGUCGGGUACCACAACGAGCACCAUGACUUCCCUAGCGUUCCAGGACGCCGACUACCAAUGGUAAGAUGAGUUAUUCAGUCCAUCUCAAUAAUUAAG